UACAUACUUACUUACUUACUUAUAAAUUUAUUUGUUUACUUAGGGUAUAUUUGAGUGUGCCAUCAGCAAAGUCUGACACAGUCUGACUCUGGCUGGGACACGUCUACGUUUAAACUACUGGUAUGGGAUGGGGGUCUCUUUCAAUGUAAGGUAUGCCUGUUUUACGAUAUGAUACCACGAUAUACCUCAGAGACCUAUAUAACUGUACUGUCGUCGUGUGUCUGGGUCAGGGGGCGGGACACACGAUCUUAUAGUAUACACUGUAUAUCGGACAGGUGUAUUCCAUUCUUACUCUUCGUCUCCAUCAGUUACAGUGUUCACGCAUCAUCACCAUCCUAAAUUUAAUAAAAUUAUUUUUUAACUCCUUGUAUUCCUCGACUAUCCUUCAAAAAAAAUUUAUCAAAUUUUUUAAAUCCGCUUGUGACAAAAAAUUUUUUUAAAAGUCAAGUGAUAAAAAUUUUUCAGUUCAAUGAUAGAAAAUUUUUUUCAAAAUUAGAAGGUUUUUUUUUAAAUUUAAAAUUUGAAAAUUAUUUCGAGUGAAUUUUUGUGACAGUGAUUAGAGUGGAGUGAUAAUUUGUAAAAGGAGAGAACCAAAUUGGUGUGAAAAAGUUAUCAGUAUUACGGAAUCACGGAAUGCGGUUUUAUCAUAUUAUUUUAAUAUGUCUCCUACUUGGUGGGGUGACAUCGGAAGAUGUAGAAGUAGUAGAAGCCAUUCCCGGCGAUGAUAAUCGUUCCGAGUCAUCAUUAAAUCGUCAAGAUGAUGCGAACACAGCCGAUCAACUGGCUCUGGAGUCCCUGGGCGGCGCUACUGGUUCCGGCAACAGUAACAAUCCCAAUAAUCCAGGUGGUAACAACCCCGGUAAUAGUUUAUCUUCACCAAUUCGUGGAAGUGUCGGUCAAAAUCGUCACAAUGUUGCCUAUCAUGGUCCGCCUCCACCGCCCCCACAGUCGUCCAACAAACCGGUUCAAACAGAAGCCCUUGAUAAGAUUUUUACGACCGGAAAUGGCGUAAGCAAUGAUUGGCCAGCAUCCUCGCCCGAUAUGCCUAAAAUAGUAUCGCUAGACGUUAAAUGUGAGAAGAAUCUAAUGAAGAUAUUUCUCGGCUUCGACAAACCAUUUUACGGAAUAGUCUUUAGUAAAGGGCAUUACAGUAACAUUAACUGUGUUCACUUACCCGCGGGAUUGGGACGUACGUCGGUUAAUUUCGAAAUUGGUAUACAUGCGUGUGGUACCGCGGGUAAUACCGAAAACGGUCUGUACGGUUAUGGAGCCGAAUCCGGUUCGGGAACAUACUUUGAAAACAUAAUCGUCGUACAGUAUGAUCCACAAGUUCAAGAAGUCUGGGAUCAAGCACGUAAAUUGCGAUGUACUUGGCACGACUUGUAUGAAAAGUCGGUAACAUUUCGUCCAUUUCCCGUUGAUAUGUUGGAUGUUGUACGCGCCGAUUUCGCUGGUGACAAUGUCGGUUGCUGGAUGCAGAUUCAAGUCGGCAAAGGACCGUGGGCUUCAGAAGUAUCCGGACUUGUUAAAAUUGGCCAGACCAUGACCAUGGUACUCGCUAUCAAAGAUGAUGAAGCUAAAUUCGAUAUGCUUGUGCGUAAUUGUAUGGCGCACGAUGGUAAACGCGCACCAAUUCAAUUAGUCGAUCAGAAAGGUUGCAUUACUCGGCCAAAAUUGAUGUCGCGGUUUACGAAAAUUAAAAAUUUUGGCGCCAGUGCUUCAGUUCUAUCUUACGCUCAUUUCCAAGCGUUUAAAUUUCCCGAUUCAAUGGAAGUACACUUUCAAUGUACGAUACAAAUUUGUCGCUACCAUUGUCCGGAUCAGUGCUCAGAAAAUGGUCCACUUGAUCCGGGACCAGGAUUACUUGAGAAUUCUCAUCCUGACGUAAGCUAUGGAUUACCGCCGCCAUUGCCGUUGGAAGCUUACCUUCAAGCUGGUGCUGGUCGUCCCCGGGACGAAAGACGACGUAAAUCAAGAGAAAUAAACCCUCUGGCGCCCACUACUUCGUCAUUGACGACUGUUGGUGUCAAUCGUAUUAUUAGAGUCGUUUCUACAGGUGAUUUGACGUUUGCCAUCGACGAAAAGACGGAGGACAACAAUAACGAGGACGAAACUGUAGUUUUUCCUGUCCGCGAAGCAGCACCAAAUUCUUCAACGUUGAUCUGUAUGACGACGCCUAAGUUUGCUUUUACUCUGAUUAUAUUAUUAGCUAUUCUACUGUUCUCAUGCAUACUGUCUGCGUAUUUGUGGAUUAGAUUACGACCAACCACUAAAAAGAAAUGUAUUGUAGCUGCUUAUGUUACGAAAAAACCUAAAACGUGUUUCUAUUCUUAGGCGACUAGUUAAGAUUAUUGUAAGCAUUUUAUCAAAAUGGUUUUUAUACUUAUUUAUUUUAUAAUUUUGUAUAUAAAUUUAUGAAUCGGGGAUUAAUGUAUGGGGAAGAACGGGGUGAAAUGGGUUGGCAAAAAAUUUAAACUCAGCAACAAUCUUGAUUGUCUAGAGCGAAUCAAGCUAAAUACUAUAUCUAUAUAUACUUUUAUUAUAGAUAUUGACUGCCUCUAGGGUUUGAAAUUUGAAAAUAUGACUGCAGAAAUUUUUAAAUUUUAUUUUUGAACCACCAAGAUUAUUAUUUUAACCCUUAAUGGUCAUUUUUAACUCUGGACUUCGGAAUCUAAUUUUUCAAAUUUUAAACUCCGAAUAUCUUAAUAACUGUUGAGUUUUUGAAAAAAAGUAUAAGGUAUCUUUUUUGUAGAAAAUUUAAAGAACUACAAAAAAGAUCUCGUUUAAUUUUUUGAUAAAGUCAAUAUUUACAGAGAUAUUUGCAAAAAACAUCACCUACAGAAUUUCAAACCGAAAAUUCCUGUAUCUAAUUCUUGCAAUUUUAAACUCCAAAUAUCUCAGUAACUUUCAAGUUUUUGAAAAAAGUAUAGGGUAUCUUUUUUGUAGAAAAUUUAAAGGGCUACAAAAAAAGUCUCAUUCAAUUUUUUGAAAAACUCAAUAUUUACAGAGAUAUUAGCAAAAAACAUCACCCACAGAAAUUCAAACCGAAAAUUCCUGUAUCUAAUUCCUGCAAUUUUAAACUCCAAAUAUCUCAGUAACUUUCAAAUUUUUGAAAAAAAUACAGAGAUUCUUUUUUGUAGAAAAUUCUAAGAGCUACAAAAAAGGUCUCGUGCAAUUUUUUUAAAAACUCAAUAUUUACAGAGAUAUUGCCAAAAAACCAAUCAUACUUUAUAAUGCCAACUUUAAAAUCUCCAAUAGGAAAUUUUUCCCUUUUCUAAAAUAAUCUCUAUUAAAUUUUUUAUAAAAAUUUUUAUCACUCAAAUUUCCACAGCUGAUCAAAGACGCCAUGUCCUCUAGAUCCUUGUACAUUGAAAUUCCCGCCAGUGUGACCGCUGAGGGUUAAAUAAUAAUAUUCUUCAUCUUAUAUAAUUUUUUAUAACACGAUACACGUAGAGACAUAAAUUUUUUUACACACCGUGGAUUAAAAAGUAAUAACUCAACCUAUAUAUAUACAUAUAUAAAAAAUUUUAUUUUAUAAAUUUUUAUCGAGGCACUUAAUUCAAAUUAACUUUUACGCGUCCUUAAAAAAAAUAUAAAUAUUUUUAAAAAAUUGUUGCAGUUUAUUUAAAUAAAAAAUAAAAUCAUCAUUAUUUUAUUAACGUCCCCAUUUUGGGCCGGCUUCCCCUUAUUUAUAUUUAUAUAUAGUAAUAAUAUGUGUCGCUGGUAAAACGUUCGUCCUACCUCAUUCUUACACGGCUCGUUGAAUGUCGUGACGUACGUGGUGCACUCGAGGCUAUAAAAUACCUUGGUGGAGGCACGAUUUCAUAUAUAUAUACAUAUAUAUAUUAAGAGUACAUGGUAUAAGCAUGUAUACAUGGAUGUAUGUUUAGUAUGGAUUGAAAUGUGUGUACAUGUGUAUAUUUAAAUCCCAUUACACAUAUGAUUGUUAAUGCUUGCGCGUGACCUCAAAGAGGAUGCGCACCUGACCCUUAGGCUGAUCUUGUGAAAGGGAGACUUCCCGAUAGGGGGGUCAGUGAGCCAACUGGAUAUUUUAUAACGUCGACUCGUGCUUAACAAAUGGAUUAUUUUAGUAUGAUAUAUGGGUGCAGAUAUGCAAUAACGUGUCCACCCACAAAAAAACCAUUUUUUAUAUUUUUGUACCAAAUGAUUCCUUAGUAACUAAAAAAUUUUUUUUUAAAUCGUAAAAUAAAAAAAUUGUUGACGAACAAAUUAUCUGAGAUAAAAAUUUUUGGAUAAUGGGGUUAAGAGGGACCACUAGUGUGAUCGCCUGAAAAAAAUAUAUGAAUAUAUAUGAAAUAUGUAUAAAAAAUAUAUUUCUAGUAGCAAACUUUUGACAGAUUUUCGUGUAUAUUUUAUAUAUAUUUUUUUCAUAUUUUCAUACAUGUAUUUCUUAUAUAUUUUAAGAUAUAUUAUUAAUAUAUGGAAAUUACAUUUAAAAUAUAUACGAAAAUUGGCAAUAAGUUAGCUAUUAAAAAUACAUUUUGUAUACAUAUUUUAUAUAUAUUUAUAUAUUUUUUUCAUGGGGGUAUAUAGUGUAACUAAUUGUAACAUUAUAUUUUUAUUUAUCAUCGUAUAGGACUUUAUUUUUUGAAGUUGUCAGGCGGUAAUAUAGAGGUGAUUAAAUCAAAAUUAAAUCGUUUAAAUGGGUCAAGUGCUCCGGUUUUAAUUUGAGGUCGUUCUUGCAAUAUUGUUAUUAUUUAAAAAAAUAUUUAUUUUAUUUUUUAUGCAAUUACUUCACAAAAUUUUGAGACCUAAUUUCGAGUGUCUAAAUUUAUUACUCAAAUUUUAGUAAGAAAGUUUUUAAAUAAAAUAAAGUUUUGUGUUACAAAUUUAUUUAUUUAUUUUUUAAAAAAUUUAUUAUAUAUUUUAGGUAAGGUAAAAGCCCCUAUACCCGCUCAGUACCAUUAGUCGCUCACUUUAACGGUUUAAGGCGUUUUUUUAUAAUUUUUAUAAAAAAAAAUUACAACUAAAAAUAUUAUUAGUGAUAAAUAAUUAUUCAUGAAUCUAAAUAUAUUAAAAUAUGAUGUAUCAAAUUAUUUUAUAAUAGAUUAUAAAUUUAAAUUAAAUGACUGUUUUCAAAAUCGCGCAAAGCCGGGCAUUUUUUACUUUAACGUUCAUUCGUUAGAUUAAAUUUAGGGUACGUUAAAUUUUUUAAGAAUUGUUAUAACUAUAUCUUAUUAAAUACAUUUUUAAAAUUCAUGAAAUUUUAUAUUAUGAAAGAAUAAAGAAGUAUAAUUUAUAAAUUAUUUGUCCAAAUCAAUAAACUUAUCAUAGUUUAAUUGAUAUUGUCUUUAAGCGACUAUAGGGCCAUGUGUUGAUCGAGUAAUAGUACAUGACAACUUUUAGUGAGCGACUAUGGGUACACUCAAGGACCUUAUUUAAAAAAUUAAUAAUAAUUAAUUAUCAAGAUUAUUCUUCAAACUUAAAUUUUAUUCUAAUACUCGAAACUUCAAAAAAUAACUAUAAAAAAAAAUCUGGUUUUUCAUUUUAUUUAUUAAUUUAUAUUGAGUGAUUUAAUGUCACUCCAAUGAAAAGUGAGCAAGUAUAGGGGCUUUUACCUUAUUUAAAAAUUUUUUGAAGUUAAUUGUAGAUUAUUAAUUAGGCGAAGUACGGAGAUUUAAAUCCUGCAUUCGAGGUUACGUAGGAAUAAUUUUGUUCUUUAUUUAGAUCGAUAUAGAAAUAUAUUGAUUUUUUAUACAGACCAAAAUUAGAUUUCGUAAAUUAUCAAUUUUCUUCUCCACUGAAAAGAAAAGCAAGUGGACAAGUUCUUUAUAAUAGAAAUUUUUUUUUGACUUCGAAGUAUUAAAAUUUGAGAAAAAAUUUUUUAGUAAAAAUGGCGCUAGUCAAAAUUUGAAACAAAAAAUCAUAGCGAAUUUGGAUUCUUCAAAUUUCAUACAUUGAUAAUUUUAACCUAAUGAUUAUUUCAUCUCUUCUUAUGAAGUUCCGUUUAAAAAUUCCAUUACAAAAUUUGGUCUCAGUAAUAAAAUAUAUAUUGAACGUUUCAAUUAAAUUAUAAUUAUAUAAAUUAUACGUAGUAGU